AUUACGUCACUCUGCAUCCGAACCUAGACCAGUCGCAGCCAUUUUACUCCGCGAAAUAAACUUCAAUCACACCUCUAGAGGAAAAAAAAACUAAAUACACAAGAUAAUUUCGCUGUCAUUCAUGGACAUCUCAUUGUAAACAGCACCUCGGACAGAUUCGCCGUUCAAGUCUUUGCAAUUCGAUUCCCAGUCAUCCAGGAGCUAGGAUAUCUACUUUUUUUUAACACAAAUGCUUUGACUUCAAACGGUUGUCUCCAUGGCUUAGUGUGACUCUUGGCAGCUACUAGCCCGGACGUCUCUUUCCGCCCCCCCCUACUGUCCUCUGCCACUACAGGUAGCGGCGAGACACAACUAAGGGGACGGUGACCAGAACCCCUGUUACUGGCCUCCCCUCCCGAGGCAAGAUGGAGCUCCAGGCGUCUCACGGGCAGCUAGGAGCAGAAGGGGAUUGCGAGAUGUCGAGUCUGCUGUUAGCCAGUCCCCAGAGCGAGGCGGUGACCCAUGAGCUGGAGGAACUGUCGCUGCAGCCACUGCCUCCGCUCAAUGAACGGAAAAACGGCCAGGACUCUCAGUCUCAGACAAUGGCCUGUUUGGAGGUAGAGACCCAAAGUGACUGCACUAGGUUCAGAGCAGUCCUGCAGUUGAGGCUUCAGCAAAGGCGAACCCGGGAGCAGCUGGUGGAACAGGGCAUCAUGCCACCUCUGAAGAGCCCGGCAGCUUUCCAUGGCCAGAUCCGCAGCUUGGAAAGAGCCAGGACCGAGAAUUUCCUCAAGCACAAGAUCCGCAGCCGUCCAGAGAGAGCAGAGCUGGUCAGGAUGCACAUCCUGCAAGAGACCGGAGCAGAACCCUCACUACAGGCCACCCAGAUGAGACUGAAGAGGGCCCGGCUGGCCGACAACCUGAACGAGAUGUUAGCCCAGAGACCCGGCCCCAUGGAGCUGGUGGAGAAAAACAUCCUUCCGGUGGAUUCCAGCGUUAAACAGGCCAUCAUCGUGGGUCAGGUGAAUUAUCCCAAAGUACUGGAUGAAGACAGCAGUGAUGCCCUGUCCCCAGAGCAGCCGGCCAGCCAGGAGUCUCAGAAUUCUGUCCCCUCUCCCAUGGAGAGCAAAGUGCCAGAGAUGCCCUCUCCAGCCCCAGCAGCAGCACCACCACCACCACCACCACCACCACCACCACUACCACCAACACCCACUACCAUGCUACAGGCCUUCCCAGUUGCUUCACAAGCAGCAACAGACUUUAUGAAAGCGAUGUCUACCAUUGAGCAGCCUGCCAGCCGCCCAGCUGUCACUCCUGCGCAGAUAUUCACCACAGCUGCUCCUUCCAAACCAGGCCCAACACUGGUGAAACAAAGCCAGCAGAAGUCUCCCUCAGAGAAAAGCCGCAGUAAGAAGGGCAAAGAGGCCAAGUCCAGGGUGAAAAAGCUCAAGUACCACCAGUAUGUUCCCCCAGACCAGAAGCAGGAAGCCAGUGAAGCGCCCAUGGACUCCUCUUAUGCCCGACUGCUGCAGCAACAGCAGUUGUUCCUCCAGCUGCAGAUCCUUAGCCAGCAGCAGCAGCACUACAACUACCAGACUAUAUUACCAGCACCACUUAAGGCUGUGGCCGAGGGUCAGAGCAGCAGCGCCGGCAGCCUGCCAACCUCCAUCGUGGUAUUGCCCAACGCUCCUCCACCCCCCGCCGUGACUCCGGCUCCGGGUCGUCCAAACAACUCGCUCUCAAACCGCAAGCCAGGAGUGUUGCCUGCCAACCUGGAGGAGAUGAAGGUGGCUGAGCUAAAACUGGAGCUAAAGCUGCGUGGCCUCCCUGUGUCAGGAACAAAGACCGAUCUGAUAGAAAAACUGAAGCCUUUCCAGGACAAUCACUGCACCUCUUCUCCUACCACCACCACAACCUUCUCCUCCAUCCCCAUGGAGGUCACCACCACCACUAAAACCCCCGCUAUAGUUUUUCCAGUCCAGCAAGUUGCUCCAGAGAGCAUUAACCACACACCGCCGGUCUCACCCAUUCCCGCUGAUCGCUCCACCCUCCAGCAGGAUGCAGGCAAGUCUGAGGCUGUAACACAGAUGGGGAGCUCAACUCUCCCGUCUUUCCACGUCCCGGAGGAAAAGGACAGGCGGCUCCAUGAGAAGGAGCAGCAGAUAGUGGAGUUGAUGAAGAAGCUGGAGCAGGAGCAGAGGUUGGUGGAGGUGCUGAAGAUGCAGCUUGAAGUGGAGAAGAGAGGCCAGGGAGGCUGCACCGCUGACUCUGCGUCUCCCAAACUCACUUCUGUACCGGCCAUGAAUCCUGUUCCCACCAUCCUGAACUCAAACGUAAUAAAAAUGGAGGGUGCAGUUCUGUCGAACUGUUCAUCCUCUACAGCUGCAAUCCCCAACUGUAUCCUGGGCUCGCAGACUCUCGCUCCCCUGCCAACAGUGGUCAAAUUGGAGGAUGUGACUGUUUCUUCUGUCAAGCCGCUCCAGCUCCAGACCCAAACCCAAACCCAGCUCAUCAACCAGAUCCAGCCCCAAGUACAGUCCCAAAUAACCAACAGCCCUCAGAUACUCUCCCAAUCACAGAGAAGUCUCAAGCUUCAGACCCAGCCACAGUCCCAACCUGCAGCCGCCAGCCUGCAGCAGUUCUUCAUCAGCCACCCAGGUGGGGUGUCCCAGGUGCUCGGUCAGCCUCAGACCUUAUUAACCACGACUGGCCAGGCUGGGAGGAUCCUCCUUCCAGUCUCACUACCCAAAAAUGCUACUGCAAUCCAGCUUCCAAGCUCCACUGUCAGCCUGCAGCCUGUUCUUCAGGCCACAGUCUCAAAUCCAGGUCUGGUCCAGGCCUCAGUUCCUCAGCUGCAAACCACUAAGAUGGAGACGGCACCCAACCAGCAGUUAACAAACCACAACCCAUUGCUACAGACUCUGACUAUGUGCAAUAACACCUUGGAGAACCAGACUAGGCCUGAGAUGAAUCCCCAGUGUUUCCUGAGGACCUCCCCAGAGAACAGGGUCUCCCCACGGGCUUCACCCAACAACAACAUCUCCAACGGACUCCUCAAUAAGUCUCCUCCUCCCCAGCCUACCUUCAUCCUUCAGCCCACCUCCCUUGUUACUCAGCCUCACAAGACUAGAGAGCCUCCCCGCUAUGAGGAGGCCAUCAAACAGAGCCGCAACUUGCACAGCAACAAUGUUUCCCAGGUUCCCACGGCAACCAGCCAACAAAUGGAUGACUUGUUUGACAUCCUUAUACAGAGCGGAGAAAUCACUCCAUUUAUCCAGCAGGACCCGCAUAUGUCUUUCACUAAGACGAUCCCAGUCACAGCGAGCAUCUCCACCCUGCCGGUCAACACCGCUCUCUCCCGACCGCCUCCACAGAUCCAGGUGGCUCCUCCGCCCGCCCCGAGCCCCAUCAUGGACCACAGCCUGCCCAGCCUCUCCUCGCUGGCCACAGACAAUCAGCUGGAAGCCUUCCUGGAGAACACACUGGCUGAAACGGCGCCAGCGUCGGACCCACGCACACAGGGCCUGAUGGAGGAGCUGCAGGCCCAGCUGAUGGAGCAACAGCCCUACUCUCCCAUGGACACAUCAGACCUGUCCUUCUGUGAUUCCUCCUCGCCGUCCUCGCUCAACAUGGGUCUGUCUGACCCAGGCCUGGACAACAUGGAGUGGCUGGACCUCACCAUGCCGCCAGGUCCCGCUGGGCCACUCACACCACUGGGGAUCCCAACGGACUUCCUGGAUACACAAGACCUGCAGCUGCACUGGGACUGACCGAGGGGUGGAUGACAGAAAAAGAAAGACGGUGUCCAGAGAGAGGCAGAGCAGGUCAGUCCGGACUCAGGAGUGAGAGAUUAAUGGAUAAAGAGAAGAAGAAAGGGAUUGGCAGCCAGAGAGAGGUUGGAUUUUAACAUGUUAAAUGAGGAGAAGACAUGGCAUUUCUGUGCCAUACCACUCUCACCAGUACAUCCAAACCAUCUGUAAUAUUCCCACUACACUACAGUAAGAGAUGCUGUACAGACAGUGCACUGAUUCAAGUUGAGCUACAAGCAGGAGUUUGCACAGCUUUAAAAGACACCCACUAAUGGCCGAACAACUACAAUAACGUCGUCACUAAAGGUGAUUGUGGUCCCCCAUCGUUUUAGUGAUAAAGAUUUUAAGCAGGCUAGGCUUUUACAGUGUCUGAUGUCAUGAUUUUAGUGAUCACAUGAUUACAGAGCGGAGGAGACGGAGCCAAACGAACACUGGUCGCUCAGACAGUUUGUAAACACUCUUUAAACCACACUAACACAGCUUAACUUUCCCUGGGACAGCACCGAUGGCUGGUAUUACCCGUUUAUUUCUACUGGAGGUUCUGCUGGUGGCGAACGCUGCGUUUAUUUUACUAUGUAAGCACAGUAACUAAAUGUAAAAGGGAGGUGGGGGUGUGAUGCAAAGGUGUUUGUUCCACUGAAGCAUACUGUGCCAUACUAGGUCAUUAAAGCUGGUCAUUACAACACAAUAACUGUGUCAUUCUUAAUGACAGCUCACAGGCUCCAGAUGAAAUCUAGUCGUAAUAAACAUAAAUUUAUAGGAGCUUAGAUUCGCAAUAAAAAUGCACACAAGGCUUGGCCUGGGACAUCAGUGCGUCAUAGUGUCAGUACUGACUCAGCCACUAACCACUUCACCCGGGGAAGCUUAGAUUAAACCGGUCCAAGUCUAAAGUGCUUGACAGUUUUUCCUUUAUGAUUGGAAGCCAGACGCGCUCAGUCAGUCACUGAGCUGAGUUUGAAAGGGAUUUCUAACCGAGAGGAGGCCAAUCCUCUGUUCACACUGCUCCAGACUACCACGUACUGUACGUUACACGUUUGCUGACUAAUCUGAUUUGUUGUAUCAGAUGUGACUGUUUUCUUCUGUUUUAUCACGACCCUGCGGUCAAGCUGACGAACCAAUGACUGUAAAGAACAAAGACUUCAGUCUGAUGACGAGAGGAGGAAGCUCCUCAAUCUGUGUGAGAGCUAUGCACUUAAGAGGCGGCGAGCUCUGGGGAUGCGCCUUAAUCACCUCAAAUCAAGGAAAUGUGAACUUUGCAUAUCCAAAGUAAUCGUUGAGAUGAAGUGAUCCGUACAGUUGUGAUGAACAUAAAGAUCAUGUGGCCAAUUGCUCCAGAGAUACUGCAGUUGUUGUCCGGGUAUCUUGUUUUGAAUGUAAUUUUGAAAAACAGGACUUUAUUCACAAAGUUGGCAGCUUUUUUUUUUUUUUUUUCUUCUUCCAAUAGUAAACUGACUAAUACAACGGUGGAAAGGGAACAAAUAUCAUUCAUGAGACAGGCAGACAAACAUCCCGAAUAGGUGUGAAGUGCAGUUAUUCAGAAUCAGAUGUCUUUGGAGAAGAUCAGCGUAAUAGCUGUGUGUGUGUGUGUGUGUGUGUGUGUGUGUGUGUGUGUGUGUGUGUGUGUGUGUGUGUGUGUGUGUGUGUGUGUGUGUGUGUGUGUGUGUGUGUGUGUGUGUGUGUGUGUGUGUGUGUUGGGUUGGGGGGUGUGUGGGUGUGUGUGUGUGUGUGUGUGUGUGUGUGUGUGUGUGUGUGUGUGUGUGUCACAAUAUUCUAAAGUAAGACUGGUGAAAUAGCUUGUGAUGCAUCGGCCACUGAGGCCUGUAGACAAAGUUAGUUUUCUGACCAAGUGGGCAGAAGCAGGCAAGCGUGUGUGUGUACGUGUGGAUCUGUCUUCCUGUCUUUUGCAUGUCCACCCGUGUCUCUGUGUGCAUGAUUGUAUUCACGUUUAAUCUCGGGCUGUUUCGAGCUCUUUCUCAGCCGUCGCCCACAAGUUGUCUGAAGAAAUUUUGAUGAUAUCAAUGAAAUCAAAUCAUUUGACAUAUUGAAAACUUCCCUCUUCAAAAGGCUUCUGAUGACUGUUGACUGUUUUCAUCCGUGGUGUUCAGAGUCCUACAGUACAAAAAUGCACAGACACCUUUAAGGUGUGAUACAUAGAGAAGAGGGCUUAGCUACUUUUAAAGCUGUCAUAAAUUCCAGAUGUUUAUUUUACCGGAUUGCAUCACGUCCCACUUGCUGUUUCUUUUUAAACCUAAGUAUUGAGUUACUGAUUUAGUAUCUCAGUUUAAGCUGAUGUUCUGGGAUUGAUGCACUCUUACUGUAUGGCACUUUGAUAUACGAUUCCUUUUUAAUUUUAUUUUUAUUUUUUUAACAGUCAUACAUUUUCAGUUUCAGUACAUUUCAGCCACUUAAAUCUGUCAUUACGUCCAUUGGCACUAGAGGGCACCUCUCUUCUGUUGUGGCACAUUUUCAGGGUCAUUUCUAACAGGAACAAAAUUAAAAUCUUCUCUUUCAUUUUAAAUGUAUUUUACUGCCUGUGUAAUGCUACAUUUCUGUACAUCAGCAAUACUUUGGAGCCCUUUAUGUCAACACUGUCUUGUCAAAGAAGUAUGAUGCUCUUACGGCUGCAGUUACACAUUUAUUGUCAGAUCAGAUGGAUGCACCCAAAUCCAAAACAUUUGACCACCUAAAAGAGUUGCGCCAAAUACUACACAGACCCUGGGCUGUGUAGUUAUGUUUUUUUCUUAGGUUUUGUUUGGUUUUUGCACCGUUGAUUAACUUCCAUCUGGGUGCUCGGUCUAGUUGUAUUUCUUUUUUUUUCUCCAAGUUGCUGCAAGUUUUAAUCCUACAUGGGAUGAACAGUAAGAUAUCUAGUUGAUUCUUGUGUAUCCAAGAAGAAAUGACUAGAUCAUAUUUUUUUCUCUCCAGUCUGUCACCUUUAAGGCUGUCAUAUUUAAUAUUUUCUUGCCAAAAAAGGCAGUGAAACAUACUACCACACUUUGUGUAUUUUCUCACUUUUUUUGUAUACAUAUCACCUUUUUUGGGGGUGAAAAGAAAAAUCAAUUAAUCUUUUUUCAGCUAAUUUAAAAAUGUUAAAGAGGAUUUCAUGUGUAUAUUUUUAGUUUGCAGUUUAAAAAAAAAUAUUUUUCAUAUUAGAAAUGCACACACCUCUUGGCUGCAGUAAAUCUACACAUGUAUGCGAUUUACGCAAUGUGACCCCACUUAACAUUGAUUGAUAUACUGUACUGUACAGUUAGUCAGAUCAUGCCUUGGUUUUAUUGUUGUAAAAACCUUUACUACAACGUAAUACAGUUUAUAAGGUCAUUUAUUGGUUCAGAAGCACUUAAUAGCUGAGUGGUUGUUUGAAUAACCCUCUUAAUUUAGAGGUUUGUGGAGGCGGAGUCUAUCUGAAGAAUGCCUAAAGGUUCUGUCAACUCCUCUACUUUUCUAAUGGACGGUAACAGAUGUUGUUUCGGGCUUCCCCAUAUCGACUUCAGCUUGUCCUCAUUUGCAUUUUAUCAUCAACAUUGUACAUGUUUUGGUGGAGAAGACGUUUUAUUAAAAUCAAUAUAUUUUGGGGAAAUUUACAUCUUUCAUUGUAGCCGAUUCUCCAUCUCCACCUGCCAUGCCUCUUGUUGUUUGUAUGCCAUAUGUUUUGCACAUUGUGUACAUAUUUCUAUAGAUGUAAUGCAUAUUUUUCUACAUGUGUAACAUCCAUGGGUUCUUUAUUUUGUAAAUACUCCAAAAGAUGUAUAUGAGUACUGUAUGCCUUUAUGUGUCAAUAAAAUUUGUUGUACUGUGAAUGCCUCUGUUAGAGUUAA